AUGCGGGAUGCCAAUAUCUACAAUCUCAAACGGGCUCUGCCCCGAAUGAGCUGGCAUCCACGCAACCUCUACAGCCUCUGGCGUCGGUCUGUUGGUGUGAAGUCGGACGAAGCAAAUUUCACCCGAGCGGAGACGACGUUGUCCCAACAACGUUGGACGGCCAAGACACUGCUCCGGGCGUACCAUGGCGACUACAUCAAGGAGACCAUAUUCAAACGCUGGUAUCUACCAGAGCUUCUCUCGGACGUUCAGCGACAAUCGACGAAGACAAGCGCAGAUGCGGCGUCGCUGAACAAGUGGGCUCAACGCGAGGAGACGGCGGCGAGGGAUUUGAAGCGACUGGAGGAGGAGCACCAAAAGAGUCUGGCUCCGGUCGGCAGUUUGAUGUUCAUAGAGGUCGAGAGGCGGAUAGACGUGCUCAUAUUCCGGAGCUGCUUCGCGCAGAGUGUCUACGAAGCGCGGAGAAUGGUGGUGCACGGUGAUGUGAUGCUCAACGGAAAGAAGCACACGAACCCGAACACUAGGCUAGCCCCAGGAGACAUGAUCUCGGUGGACCCUGCGGCGGUCAGGUUCCUUCAAGCAAAGGGCGCCCCGAAAGAGGACGCAGACAUCAGCGAAAAGGACGAGGCCGCAGACGAAGCGUACGCAGACGCAGAAUCUGACGAUGGAGGCUCGCACUCAACGUCAGAACGGCCUGAGGCUACGACCGAAGCGUCUUCUGACAAGGUUCCAGCGGCAGACCAAAAGUCAGAUGCGAAAUCUAGCAAGUGGAAGACCGUGAACAAGAACAAAGCGAAUCUGACACCCUUCCACCUCCCUCCGUACGCGUCGCCCUUCAUCUUCAUCCCUGCGUACAUCGAGCCAUCGUUCGCGACAUGUUCCGCUGUCUAUCUGCGCCACCCGACGGCACGCCCCGGCUACUCGGAGAUCCCUACGCCGUACGAUGCCGACGGUGAGCUUAUGCGCAUGGGCUGGGAGUACUACACGAAGCGUCGUUCGAGGAUACGCAGCAAACGGCAAUUGGCGAGGAUGCCUGAGAACAGGCAGUAG